UUUACAAAAAAAUUUGAUAAAAAAUGUUGUAAUUAAAAGUUACAUUUAUCGCAAAUCACUGAUGGAAGAAGAUAAUUGAUUAAAAUAAUAAACAUACAUAUGAAUUCAAUUGACCGGAGGAAUUCAAUUCCAAAGACUUCAUUGAUUUUUCAUUGACGGUUGUAAUUAAAGGUGAAACGUUUGAUUAUAGAUGCAAAGAUUUUGUAUUUCGCCGGCAAAGAGAUUACGCUUCUGAGUGACAUUUUCAAUGCUGUAUGCUUUAGUGAAAUGGUGACUGUUAAUAAAGUCUUACAAGAGUCUUUCAUUUAAAAACUCUACAGUUAAAUAUAUUUCUCGCAUUUCGUGUAAGCACUAACGAAAGGAAUCCAACAAAACACGGCAUAUAAGAACGUCCUGUGCGAUAAAUUCGGGUUGUUUACGUAUUCUUUUGCAGUGUUCAUGGUUGGACCAUCAAAAAAAUGCUGAGUUGUCAAUGAAGUCGGUUGCGCAUAUUUGAUCGUAUUCAAGAUGUGCUUAUUAAAAUUGAAACAUCACAUAAUAAUGAUACUUUUUUCUUUGCGAAUGUAUAAUUAGUAAUUUAUGGAAGAAAUACGGUUGUAGGAAAAUUGAGCGACCGAAAUAUAAUUGCUAGUAAUUAUGAUUUCAUCGAACAAUCUGGAAUCGUCAGCUGCUCAACGGCCUCAUACGGAUUUAAAUAAUGAACAGAAAUUGCUGGCAUGUAAACGAGUAGGUCAAGGCAUUAAUAUGGCUGUGGAUCGGCUUAUGACAAUCGGCGAAAUUAUUGCAGAUGGCCAUGUGGAUAUUAAAGCAGAUAUGUUUGAAUGUUGUAAAGACGCCAGAGAUACGGGAAAAUCAAUUGAACAAUUAUGCAUGUCGAUCGAUUUGAACCUUGAAGGACUUAGUAAGCCAUUCAUCGAUAACGCGGCUAUUGCUUUAGCCUCACGCUCUCUUCUUGCUUCCAUAACCCGGGUGUUAUUACUAGUAGAUAUUAUUGUGGUUAAACAAUUGCUUAGCUUCAAGUCGAAAGACCCAAGAGGCCCUCAAAAUCUAGAAAGCGUUAUAAAUUUUUCCAAGUUUGUCCAAGCCUUUUCAGCUUUUGGAGCAGAAAUUAUUGAGCUAACUUGUUUGACUGGUAAUAUCAUGGGCAGUGUGAAAGAGGACACACGCCGUGCGGAGAUUUUUUCGGCACGCCAAGUUCUUGAGCAUUCUGUUAAAGUUUUGAUCACAUCGUCAAAAGUAUGCCUCGUUCAUCACAACUGCAUUAUAGGUCGCGAGAAUCGUAAUACUAUAUUUUGUCAAAUUAGACGGGGGAUGGAUCAUAUUCAUUUUAUUGUUAAAGACACAAUUUUGGAAUCGGAAUGGCAAUCUACGAAAGCGCAUUUCUAUUAUCAUCAAAAUGAUGACCGAGGUACCAUACAAGCAACAAUACAGCAUUUUACUUAUUUGAUUCAAUGCUGCCGUUACAAAGCGAAACCCCAUGACGGUUAUUAUCGGACCGAAAGCAACCACAACCAUCCCUCUUACCGCAAGGAGUCAACUGAGAAGCACUGGACUCUUGACAAUAAGACCAAGAAACUUUACGACAACACCUGUUUGCCGGAAAGUGAAAGUUUGCUGAACAAUACUUACGACUGUGAAGAAUAUUUAAAUAACGCCAAAUACAAAAUGGAUUCCGGCACUAUUAUUAGAGUAGAGAAUGACCUUAUUGAAAAGUUGCUCAUAUCCUUCGAUAAAAUUCUAGAAAAUGUACACGAUUUUACUGAUUCAGCUUAUACCAGCCACGAAAUGCGUGAGAAUAUACUUGUUUACUGCGACCACUGUACUCAUGAAUUGAACAAGUACCUAAGAAACGUUAUAAAACAAAAUGAUCAACAACAGUUCGGAAAACACUACCAAGAUGAAUACGUUGAUACAGUUCUGGAGGCAGUUAAGAUAUUGUCUGAGCAAUUAGUUUCAUCGACCGUGGAACAAUCUAACGAUCUGUUCCAAGCUCUAAAAAUGUCUACAGAGCUGGUUAACAAUAUAAAUUUGACAAUUUCUCAGCAAAAUUUAACUCAAUUUAACCAGCAAGUUAAUGAAUUUCAUGAACAUUGCGAUCACAUUCUAGAAGUCUGCAAAUUGUUACGACACAUCGCGGUACAAGACGCGUUAAAAGAACAAGCCAGCCACGUAUCGAUCAAUUUACGGAUUUAUGGACCUCAAGUAAUACUAGCUGCCAAAAUCCUUACUAAGUUCCCCUUGAGCAAUGUGGCUAGUGAAAAUUUUGAAGCAUUUACCGACAUGUGGACUUUCCUGGUCGCCGAAGUCACUGAUGUUGCGAAAAGAAUUCUUGAAGCCACAGCCGAUGUUAACGAUCAAGGUUUAAAAUAUUUAACUUUGGAAAAUACUAGUAUAGCUGAAAGGAAGGCGACAAAAACUGUAAACUUCAAAAAAGAUUUACCGGAAACCAGUAAAGAAUUGGAUUUAGAAACUGAAACUGUUAAACGAGAUCUACAGCCACGCUGGAGUGAUGACUAUUGUGAUAAUGAUAUAAUAAAGAGGGCUAAAAACCUUUCAGCCAUGGCUUUCCUUAUGUACCAAUUUACAAAAGGAAACGGAUCUCUAAAAACCACUCAAGACUUAUUUACGCAAGCUGAAUAUUUCGCUGAAGAAGCUAAUCGCCUUUAUAAAAUACUAAGACAAUUCUCCUAUCAGGUACCUGCAAGUCCUCAUAAAAAGGAUUUAUUAAAUAUCUUAGAUCGUGUACCGACAUAUGUUCAAACUUUACAAUUCACAGUUAAAGACCAUACUGUAGGUCCAUCCGCUACAUUUGUUAAAGUGGAUCAUGUUAUACGAGAAACAAAAAACUUAAUGUGUGUAAUCAACAGUGUUGUGACCAAGUGCCUGGAGUGUGCUACCAAGUACAAUCUGGACUUCAACAGUAUAGUUGGCGGCAUUAGUACCGGUUCUUUGCAUGGUGAUGACUGUAGUGCUGGUGCAAUGGGCGAUUCAAAAGGUUCCAGCAAUAGUACCGAAGGCAGUAUGUGACAUUACGGCAUGGCUCGCCGAGCCAAACCAGACGGUCGACGAACUCGUGUGUCCUUUUUACUUUUUUGAUUAAUAUUCGUCAACAUAAUAACAAUAAAUUCAAAACACAUGCGUACGCAUACUGUGUAUUGUUUAUGUACGGCUAGCUGUAGGAUUGACUUUGUCUUACAUUUUCUUAUUGUAAUGGUUGACUUGCUUAUUCGUGCAAGGCUGCAACUGAAGGCACAUACAUGUAAAAUAUGUACAAAAGUCGUUCACGUAGGAAUGUUUAUUAUGAGCAAUAUAGGGGGUAAGAAGAUGAUUUGAAGGCGUUGUUACUUUUGCUUUAAUUAUUUAUGAAAAGCUAAAAAGCUAAAUUAAAAUAAAUAACAUAAAUAUAAAACUUUCAGUUCUUUUUUAGUUUACAAUUUACAUAUUUUAGUAACAUGCUUAACAAGUACUAUUGUAUUCAAAAUUUCAUAUUGUGUAACGUAGAGCUUAAUUAAAUUACCUCAAUGGUUGUUAAAUAUUUGUAGCCCACAGUACAACAACACAAAAUUGUUUAGCGAUCAUGUAAUAUUGUGUGGCUAAAUAAAGAAUAGUUUAUUUCAAUAAAAAAAUAUAAGAAGCUAAUAAAUUCUAAAGACUUACUAAAACGUAUAUACGUAUCGUUUGAAUAUUUAAUAGCGCAUGGACGUACAGUAAAAACAUUGUAUG